GGUUUCUCUCAUUUUUUUCAAUUUGAUAACAAAGGAUAACAAGAAAAUUGAUAAGAACAGAAAGAGAAGUGAAAGAGAGAAAUCAACGGAGGUCAAGUGGCGAACGUAUCGACUACCACUAUCAUCACUAAUUCUCACUGUAAUGCGGUAUUUAAGCAAGCAGCUGAAAUCAAUGAACCGAAUCAUGAACAGAUUCACCGGUGCAUUAAAUUACCAAGUGAUGCGGGCUGCGAGCAUUAUUGUCAUCGUUUCUGUAUUAGGAAGUUGUAGAGUUACCGUAAAAUUAUACGUUUUUCGUCUAGAUUAUUACCAGGGAGAACGGAUUGUUAUUUUGAUCCUUUAUUUUGGUGUUUGA